GGUUAGCUUCAAAAAACUGGUUUCUAAAAUCUUUUUCGCUUGGCUCCCGCCGUUUCGAUUCCCGCCGUUCAACUCUUCAUCACCACUCUCUCGAACCUCGAAAAUUCGCGAGGAAGAUUCAAUCCAUUUUUUCCCCAACAAAAUGUGGAAUUCUAUUCAUCUUCAUCUUCAUCAUCUUCUUCUCCUUAUAGUGGUUGUUGCACCUUCCUUGUUACUUUGCAGCUUGGUGGAAUCGGUGCAGUUGGAGCUGAAAUCGGGGCACACGAAGUGCAUAUCGGAGGAAAUCAGCGACAAUGCCAUGAGUGUCGGCAAUUACAUCAUUGUUAACCCAAACGAAGGGUAUCCCAUACCCAAUUCUCACAAGAUCACUGUCAGGGUGAGUUCACCUCGAGGGAUCAGUUAUCACUAUGCUGAAACAGUGGAUUCUGGUACUUUCUGGUUUAAUUCCAAAGAGGCUGGUGACUACACCGCUUGUUUUUGGGCAAUUGAUCACAGUCCGGCGGUAACUUUGAUCAUUGAUUUUGACUGGAAAAGUGGGGUCACUAUCAAAGACUGGUCCAAGGUUGCUAAAAAAGGACAUGUUGAAGCAAUGGAACUCGAGUUGAAGAAGUUAUUUGAUACUCUCUCGAACAUCCACUAUGAGAUGCUUUAUCUUCGUAAAAGGGAAGAACAGAUGCAAGAACUUAACAAAAUGACGAACAAGAAGAUGUUUACGUUCAGCUUACUUUCAUUAUUGGUUUGCUUGUCUGUGGCUGGUUUGCAACUAUGGCAUUUGAAGUUAUAUUUUGUGAGAAAGAAGGUCCUCUGAGUACAGAGUUCCUUAACACCAAAAUUCUUUCAUUCUUUUGCUAGCUUGGGUUGCGUUUGGCUAGUGCGCACCCUGAGAUGAGGUAUAGACACAAAGACAUAGAUGCUAGGUACAUAGAUACAAAUACACUAUUUCUACACUUGCUUGGUAAUGAAGAACAGGACACAAUACACAAAUUAAUCUUCUACUAAAAUGUCAAUUUUGUCUUUACAUCAUAACCACUAUCCUACCACCGUCGAAACUCCGUUCAGGAUAUUGUUGAAAAAAUAUUGCUGAAAGUGGUUUGUGUAUGUCCCAAAAUUUGUGUACCACCUCUUAAGAGGGAACCAAAUUAUGUGUUUGUGUACCUUUGUGUCAUAAAAAGAAAAUA